AUCAUACAUGGAAAUGAUAGAUGAUUUGCCACCGCCAUCGACGCUUGGAAUUCCUAAGGAAUGGUUCAAACGACAGAGAGGUGAUCCUAUUUGUCUUAAUCACCGUCCACCAGAGGCUUCUAGUACUAUACCUGUUAGUUUGUAUAGUUCUGUUUUUGGAAAAUUUAAAGAUUUCUGUGAGGAAGAUCCGGAAAAGGAAGAUAAUGAAUUCACCUAUAAGAUUUGCUACGAAAUGGCCAAAUUUUAUGAGAAAGAGGAAGAUCGCCAAUCUGUGGCAAAUGAACUGUUAAAAGAAUAUCUUGAUCACCCUAUGGAAUUACUUACGAUUAAACGUAAAAAUUCUGCCGGCAAUUCAAAGGUUGCUCAUCCUGACGGCACUAUGUCCCAUUCUAAAUACCGUAUGGCUAAUUUCGAGUACAAAAGUGAUGACUGUUGUAACUCCGGUGCCUCUCCUUAUCUAGAAAAUUGGCCUUAUUUUUCAGUUUCCGGUGCCGUGCUUGCAGAUGUUGCUAUUGUUGACCCACUUACCCCAGCUUUUCCCCUGAUUUGGCAGAAACAUGACGAAAUGAUAUUAUCAAUUUCUAGAACAUUUCGUGCUUUGAAGAAAUCUCUCCAAAUUCUUGAUCAAUACUAUGAUCAAGUUGAAAAUUUGGUUCAAAACAUACCUCAAACAGACCAUCCUGUGCAUCCAUCAUUUCCUAAUGUGACGAUUAGCGGUGAAAGUUAUAGCGUUAAGAUUAUUUCCCAAGUUGGCAAUUAUCUUCUUUGGGAAGUAACACUCUUUAAUGAACAAGGGCCACCUAAAAAAGCCUGUGUAAAAGCUGUUCAAAAGUGUAAAUAUUCACUCGAUACACAUCAGCUCUUAUCAGAAGCUGGAUAUGCUCCAAAAGUCCUUGCUAGUUCGAUUGUUCCCGGAAAUUGGCUUUUGGUUUAUAUGGAAUACCUGGACAAUCAUUCAAUGUUAAAUCGCAUCGCCUUUAAUCUUAAUGAUCAAGAACGGAAUUAUUUAAAAGAGAAAAUCGAAAAAAUGGUUGAGUAUUUGCAUAAUUUGGGACAUGUGCAUGGAGAUUUGCGUGAAGGAAAUAUUCUGGUUAGUCGACUUGAAGAUAACGAUUUUGACGUGAAAUUGAUUGAUUUUGAAUGGUCUGGGAAGGCUGGUUCCGCGUAUUAUUCUCAUUUUAUGAAUCAUAAAAACAUUCAAUGGCCAGAUGGAGCGGAAGAUGGGAAACUAGUUACAACAAACCAUGACCUUUUUAUGUUGAAUCAGACUUUUCGGAAAGCAAAUUUGUUAUAA